AUGUCUUCUCGAGGAGGUCGCGGUGGCGGCCGAGGCGGACGCGGCGGAAAGCAGGACGGCGCCGAGCGCAAGAAGCGGGAAUCCAUCCUCAACCUCGCGCAGUAUGUCGACCAGAGCAUCCGAGUCAAGUUCCUCGGAGGGCGGGAAGUUACCGGUGUGCUCAAGGGCUACGACCAGCUCAUGAACCUCGUUAUGGACGAGGUCGUCGAGACGUAUGAGAGUGAGCUUAUUGCCUCCCUGUUGAGCUGA